GUUCACGCUGAUUCUCGAGUGUACUUCAUUUCCCAUGAGCAGCAGCGCCAUCUGUGUGUCACAUGACUCUCCCACCCUAACGUCACCAACCGCCAACAUGGCCGCCGCCGUCUCCAGCGAAGAUUUCAACACCUUGCAGCUCCUCCUGAAGGCUCCAUCUAAAGACGCAGUGAGGGACGUUUGCAUUCAGAGUCACAGAGGUCCCAGUCGCCGGCUAGCAGAGACCACAGCCUCCACGCUGAGCAUCCCUGCAGCCCAGGCUGCACAGCUGGUUCAGUCUCUCCACCGUCUGUCUCAUCACGUCCUCUUCAACAACCUCAGCUCUCCCGAGCAGAUCCUCGCUCUCUUCCCCGAGUCGUUCCACACCAGUCUGAAGAACCUGAUCACCAAGAUCCUGCUGGAGAACAGUCCAACAUGGAGGACAGACGCUCUCAGUGAUCAGAUCUCUCUCCCCCAGCUGAAGGAGUUGGACUGGAGAGUCGACUUGGUGACCGGUUCAGACUCAGUCAGUCGCAUGUCCGUCCCGACCUGCCUGGUUCAGCUCAAGGGAAUUGUGGGACGGCACCACCUCCUGUCCUUUGGUGAAGGAUGGUGCAGUGCAACCUACGCUAAAGCAGAUGGAGGAUCCGUGUCCGGCGGCAGGCGGGAAGUCCAUUUCCACGGUGACGGUGGAGCUGGGCCGGGAGUCUCUGGACACCAUACUGGACGGACUGGGACGCAUCAGAGACCAGCUGUCUGUGGUCGCCGGGAAAUGAAAGGACCGCUGAUUGGCUUGUUGGUGUAAUGACAUCACAGCCGGACACUUUUUACAGACUCUCGCUGAUAGUUUUGGUGCCAACGUUAAAUAUAUUCAUGUUUGAGCAACUUCAUGCAACAAAAUUUGGAUUAGUUUUUUUUUUCUCCUGAAAACUCUGAACUAAUAAGUUAAUUCAUCAGUAGAUUUACACAAAAGCAAACAUUUCAGAUUUUUACAACUGAUGUUUCGUUAGUAGGUAAAAAGACUAAACAUUCUGCAAAAAAAGUUAAUAUGUUGGUGGACGUUUUUCAUUAUGUUGACAUUUUGUACAUCUAAUUAUGGAUUAUUUUGUGUGGAACCAAAUAAAAUUUUCCAUUACAGUACAAAUACA